UCAAAAACCAACGAACACAAACAGAAAUAGAGAGAAUCAAAAGAAAUGAAGUUAUCUUUGAAGAUCCAAGAUGAGAAGAACCCAGUGUUGAAAGCAAGAAUACCGAUUUCUAUAUUUAGCCAACCAUUCGUUUCUAGUCUCACCACCCCCACAAACGUCAAUGGCAACAGCAGCAACAAGUCCUCUCAAAACACCCCCUUUUCUCUCUGCACAAAUUUCCCUUCUGGCCCUUGUCUCAAACUCUCUUACGCUCCCUCAACUUCCCCUUCCACCACUAUCCCUUUCUUUCUUUCUCUGAAAUCUGGUCUCGGUCUCUUUGGCUCACCAAAAGACUCCUCUGUUGUUUUCUCUGCUCAGUUUUCUAUUUCAUCUGCUAACCCUGGAACCAUAAUUCCGGCUUUCUCUCUCCAUUUCAAACCCCAAUUUGACAACUUUUCUUUUUACAAGGCUACAUUGUCUAAACCAAGCUUGGAAUCAGAUUCUGGGUCUCAUCAUUCCAUUUCAGCACAAUCUGCUUCACCCUCGGCUUCAGUUUGGCAAGAUGUGAAAUUGGAACAAGGUAAUGGAGCUGAUGAUGUGCUUGAUACCCCAAAGUUUGGCUAUGAGAAUGGUUUAUAUUCAAAAGAUGGGUUUGGUACGGGGAGAUCACUGGUGAGGAAAGAUGACAAGAAAGCUGGGAUUUUUUGUGGAAUCUCUGUCAGAGCAAGAACGAUGUUUCCUGUGACAAAAAGCGCUGUGGUGAACCUAAGGUGGACCGUGAACUUGCCAUCGGACGUGGGGUCAAAAAUGCCUUAUUUGACAAUAAACAAGAUUGGGAUAGAGAAGCUUGAUGAGGUGAAGGAAAUGAAGGAGUGUAUGGAAGAUAUGAGACAUGGGGUUUCAGCUAGGAGGGAAAAUGAGAAUUCAAAUGACUUGGAGCUAUGGAGGAACAAGAAGAGUUGUGCUGAAGACAAUGGUGGAAGAGAAGGGAAGAAGAAUGAAAACAAGACGAGUGAGGUGGAGAGUGAAUUGCAAAAAGCUAUCAAAGUUGCACCCACUUGAUCAGGCUGAAAUUCAUGUUUCCUUUUCUAU